GCAAGCGUCUCGUCUGCUGCUGCGGCUGGUUCGCUCGGCCGCGUAGCGCGCGCACGCACGCACUCGCACACGCACGUCACGACGACCCGCCGGCGGCACGCACGCACCGCAGCAACAUGGCUUAAUGAUGUCAAAUUGCGCUGGAAACGUUUACGCGACAAUUUCCGAGUAUCCAUUAAACGCACCAAAGGAUUGAAUCUCAAACCCGGCCUACCGUUCGUCGAGGGCAAGCCGUGGAAAUAUCAGAGAGAGAUGGAAUUUCUUUUACCAUUUAUGCAAAUCGGAGGGUAUUCCCUGAAGAAAAUGUUGAAUUUGGAACACUCUCCUAAUCAAGACUACUCGAGCGUGUAUGAUGACUGCAAGACAGAAGGGUCGUCUAGCCCGUACAACAACAUGUCAUAUGAGUACGACGAGAUGCCCGAACCCCGGGUGGAGGUGAAAGAGAUGGCGGGCAACUACUCAAACGACGAGGGGGGCGUGGACGACGAGCUUCUGUACCCGGAUGUGGAGAUCCUGAGCAACGGCAAGCACGAGCCCCUGCACCGCGUUGCAAAACGCGUGAAGCGGUCAGCUGAAGCCGCGGCAGCGGCUGCCGCCAAGGAAGCCGACUCGUCUGCCCAGCUCAAGCUCAACCAACACCACAUGAACCACUAUUACCACAUACAGCAGCAACAGCACAGCCAUGCCAAAGUACACCCCGUCGACCUGUUCUUCUACAGUAUGGCCGAGACGACUAAGGGUUUGCCUCAGGCGUACCAGGCGGAAAUCAAGCGCCGCGUGCUCGAGAUCGUGAUUAAGGCCGAAGAAGAGAUGAACAAAAAUAAAAAUUACGAAUGACUGUCAUUGCGUACAACCGAUGAAAAUCGAAAUCUCUCUUGCUCUCUCCUCUCUCACUAUGAAUAAGUUAUUAUCAUUUUUGUACCAAUCUCACUUUUAUUGUAUACAUUAUGUAUAUAAAUAUUUUUGAUGUCACUCUAACUCGGAAGAUUUUGGUCGAGUUGUUGAUCGUUAAUCGUUCUCAUAUUUAUUUUACAAUCAAAUCGCCUAAUUUAUUUUUAUUAUGUUUAUGAUUAUUAUUUUGUUCGGUGUAAUUCCAACGACUUUAUGUUGCGGUUACCGAAUGGUCGUGAUACGGUAUUCUGAAACGUCCAACUCCAAUUAUUAUUAUUACACAUCACUUAGAAUUAGGGAUAAUUUUUUCUAUUAUUAUUAUUUUUUUGACUCGUGUAGAUAAAUGACGGGUAUAUAUUAUAUUUUUUUACUAAGUAACGUGAAUGCAAGAAAGCACUCUGAAAUACAUUUUCUUGUAAAAAUUACAUUCCGAAUUUUGCCACCAAGCUGGCUUUGUGAUAAUAAUAAUGUAUUAAUGUGUUAAAUAUUAUAAUAUUAAAUACUUAUGACUAUAUUUUUAUAAAAGUUAUGCAUUCCAUUGUAACGGACCUAUACAGUGUAAUUAAAUAUUAUUAGCGUAAGUCUGAAUACUUCAUACCUAUUUAGGUCAUGUAAAGGUAAUUAUAUUUUUGCUCAAACAGACUCUGCCUGUGCAGACAAUGUGUGUACCAACUUUUUGUGUACAAAAUUAAUUUACAUAAAAUAUAGACUUAUAAUAAGUACGAAUACUAUUUAUACCAUGACAGUCUUAUUAUU